CUUGAAACAGUGCAUCGAUACUACAUUGCAUCUCCUUCUGUUCUUGAUAUUACAGCUGAAGAUCCAUCCAAAAUCUAUGUGAAAUUAAGAGACUUUGUACUUGUGCAAUUUUGUCAAGAUCUGCUUUGUUUUUCCCGGGAAAAGUUAAUGCAAGGAUUCAGUGAAGAAAUGCCAACAGAAGCACAGCAGAAGUUCAAAAUUAAUAAGCAACACGCUAGACGGGUUUAUGAGAUCCUUCGACAGCUGGCAACUCACAUGAGUGCCACUGAACAAUACAGGAGCUAUCAGCUGGAUAUUCAAAGAAGACUAAUUAGUCCAUAUAAGAAAAAGCAGAGAGAUCUUACUAAAAUGAGAAAGUGUCUCAGACCAGAAGAACUCACAAACCAGAUGAACCAAAUAGAAAUGAGCACGCAACAAGAGCAGCUGGAGGAGAGCUUUCAGGAACCUGUGGGAGACUACCGGUGUGUCAUCGAGUGCCUCACCCAAGAAUAAAGAUUAUACUGCCCUGUACAGGAAGUUUGUGAGUUUCUGUACACUGCGAUGUGAAAAAUCCAGCAUUGACUUAAGAUUUUAAAAUCUUGUAACAUUUUACUUGCAUUAAAAAUUAUCUAUCUUUAGUUGGAUAUUUUUCUUUUGGGGAGACUGUAUAUUUUAAAAUACUGUCUAAAGUCUAUGAACAUAUAUUACAUUUUAAAAAGAUGAAACUUCUGAAAUAUCACUGCAGUUACUUCCCCUCUUAAACAGUGUAAUAAAUGCUUAGGUGUGGGAAAAAAAAAAAAAAAAGACCACUUGUGAAGCGACUCCCCUGCUGGUGGGGAAGCCAGGGGCUCAAACCAGGAUCCUUAAUCAGGUCCUUGAAGUUUACGCCACCUGCGCUUAGCCUACUGUGCUACCGCCAGACCCCCUUGUGAGGAGUUUACUGAACACAGACCAGCCUCUUCUUUUCCUUGGCCAUGAAGGACACAGGCAGGCAGAAUGCUACACCAGAUGAACACUAGCAGAAGUUGAGGAAGGGGCUGGGGUGAAAGGCCAGGCACACCUAUUCCGCAGAGAAUGAACACUCUAGUUCUGAGGUCUACUGGCCACAGCCAGGAGCCCGAAUGUACAGCCGGAAGGGAACUCCCAGGAGCCUGGUGGCCUUGCAGUGACACCGUCCAUGUCCUCCUCUUCAAGGGAGGUGGCUACUCUAAGGCCAACAGAGCUCAAGGGCUCCCAAACACGGGCAUGUUAGCUCAAAGGGAGGCAAGAUG